AUGAAGCGUCUGUGGGCAAGCAUGUGGACAGAUCCCCCCGAGGCAAUCAAAAAAGAGCUCGCCGUGCACCCCAAGCCUAGAAUUCUCGCGUACCGUUGGCUCAUGAGUGCAUGCCAGGCCUUGCAGUUCACACCCCUGCGGGUCUCACGCACAAUCCCAGCCGCUACUCAACCGCCCGACAACGUGUCCGCAGAGUCGACCCAAGCGCCGACCGAACUGUCCGCCGAGCCGAUGGCUUCGAUCCCCGCCACUGCCCAACUCGUCUCAGCUGCCCAACCGGCCGCCAAACUGUCCCCGAAGGCCUUGCAAACUGUGCAGGAGUUCCUUCAGCUCUAUGACAGGAGGAUCCCGAUCAAGCUCAAUUCGCCUGGGAUAGAUGCGUCCGAACAUCUACCAGCGAGUCAAGUCUUGAAGCCAUUCGUCGACAAGGGCUCUGAGUGGAUGUCCGCUGAAGCGCUUGACUUUUGCUUCGGGCGCCUGCAACAAGCAAACAUUACCUCGCAAAAUGGGGUCAAAGUCACCUUUUGGCAGACCUUCAACGCCAACGGGACUGCUGACAUGGACAGAUCACUGCGAGGUCACUCCAACCGAGAAAUCAGGUUCUCGGAGUGCAAAGAUUCAUUGUCUGACACAGUCGCUGCAUCGGAAGAUGGCCUUGUCAUCUUUCCAGCGAAUCGAGAGCAGCACUGGUUCCUCGUUGUGCUGCAUCGGAAAACCUUCACCAUCCGCAUUUUUGAGGGACUGAAGAAACUGGCUCUCGACCUUGUCGAAAUUGUUAAAUCGUUCUUGCCGGACUCGACUGAAUGGAGCUUUGUUCCCGAGCCGGGUUCUAUCUACGGGCACCAAGGGCCUGGCCAGACGGAGGAACCUCCUUGGACUUGUGGUUGGCUCGCCUUGUGGAUGGCCGAGAGGAUUGCACGGCUCGGCGUGUCAGCAGAAGACUUGCAGGCAUCCACGUCUAACCCGUGGCCGUGGGUCCCUACCGAUCCACCUCCGCCCAACGUUGGUCAACCUUCUAGAUCUCAAGCCGUACCUCCCUUGUCGCUCCUGAUUGCCGAGCAUGUGCGGUUCAAGUGGCUCGCUGAUGCCGCCCGCUGCUGGACACCGCACGUAACGAAGGCUUGA